ACAUUGGCUCUUGCUGUCUGAUAGCCUUCAAACUAGGACCUCAGCUCUUCCUGAUUUUACAGCAUAUUUUGGCCUUUAAGACUCAAACUGAGACAUCAGCUCUGCAGAUUUUGGACUUGCCAGCCUCCUCCAUAACCACCUUUGCAAGUGGGAAGCUUUGACUCUGAAUUGGAUACCGUCUAGUUGUAUCUCAGUCACCUGCAGGACCAGAAUGAAGAGGACGUCCAAGGACAGCCAGUGCAAACUGCCAGACAACACUGCCUUGAAGCAGCAGCAAUUGCCUGCCUACCAGCUACAGCUCUCAGCCACCGGAGUCCUCUCCGGCUUUUUUGCCACAGGAGUGUUCUGCCUUGGUGUGGGCAUCAUCCUUAUAUUGUCUGCAAAGAGUAUCAAGGAAAUAGAGAUUAAAUACACAGAAAUCUGUGGAAAUUGUGCAAAACUGCGAGAAGAUGCCACUAAUUUUGACAAAGAAUGCACCUGCUCUAUUCCCUUUUACCUUUCAGAGACGAUGCAGGGUAAUGUUUAUAUGUACUACAAAUUGUAUGGCUUCUAUCAGAAUCUCUAUCGUUAUAUUCUAUCCAGAAGUAAUAGCCAACUGGUGGGUACAGACUUAAAGGAUGUUGGAAACUGUGCUCCAUUUAGCAAGUCCCACGAUGGGACUCCCAUCGCUCCUUGUGGUGCUAUUGCCAACAGCAUAUUCAACGAUACCAUUAUUCUUUCAUACAACCUUAAUUCAUCUAUACCUAUCAAAGUCCCAAUGCUAAGAAGUGGAAUUACAUGGUGGACAGAUAAGUAUGUCAAGUUUCAGAAUCCAAGUUCCAUUAAUCUUUCUAGUGCAUUUGCAGGGACCACAAAGCCCCCAUCCUGGGCUAAGCCUGUCUAUGAACUGGAUGAAGAGGAUCCAGGAAACAAUGGCUUCCUCAAUGAUGACUUCAUUGUGUGGAUGCGGACAGCCGCCUUUCCCACUUUCAAAAAACUGUACCGUCGACUCAAUCGAAUACAGUACUUUACUGAAGGCUUGCCUGCUGGUAACUAUAGUUUCAACAUUACCUAUAAUUUUCCAGUAACCAGGUUCAGAGGAGAAAAAUCAGUUGUUCUUUCCACCUUGACAUGGAGUGGAGGCAGUAGCCUUUUCUUAGGUCUCGCCUACACAGUGACAGGAGCGGUAACAUGGUUGGCCUCCUUUUCCAUGAUGGCAGUUCACUUGUUGCUGAAAGACAGGAAAAUGCUCUUCAUCCAGCAGUAAAGUCAAGUUUUAAGAAGAAAAGCAGAAAACACAGAAUUGGACAAUGAAGUAACUAACAGAGCCAAAGAUUUCUGACAAGGCUUGAAAUGACUGGGAUAUUUCAUCAAGGGGAACUGGAUUGACUGACCAAGUACAAUCCCAGAUAGAUAAAUAAUGAGAGAUUCAGAGUGAAGACGAGGAGGAAGACAGGGAGGAAGAGGAGGAGGAGGAAAAGGCAUAGUUAUGUAGAGUAAAAUGUCGUUGGAAUGGGGAAGAUAAAUCAUCCUUGAGUUCUAAACCAAGUCUUGGGUAUUUAUUUGAAGCCCUUGUGCCUGAAGGUAGGUGAAUGCCUAGGAGAGAGUGCCAUCAUUAGACAAGAGUAAGUAAGCCUGGGGUCCCCAAGAUUAGGUGAAUCCUUUUAACCUCAAUCAGGCUCGGACCAUGAGUCUUCAUUGCCUGGUCAAAAUUAUAGACUCCCUAACAAUUGUUGAGCAUCAAAUUGAGCAAUCAGGAUGAUUUUUGAGAACUGAUUUAGUCAAUGUUCUCUCUUUUCUAUGGAUUCAAAACUAAGUUUUCUUUGCUAAGAAUAUACCAAGCAAAGAUUGUGGAGUGCCCUGAACACCCACAAUACAGCAAUACACCAAAAAGAAAGGCCAGAGGUUUCCCUGGAGUUAUUCAUGUAACCAAGAGGGAAGCACUGAAAGUUACUGAUUCUCUCAAAAGUUGUAUUCAUCAUUUAAGGGCACAAAACAAUUCUCAAACUUAUAUUGGGAUGACAUAUUCUGGAAAGCAAAUGAUGACAUGUAUUUAUGAUACCUGAAUUACAUGUGUUGAGGGAGCUUUUCAAGGUCCAUCUUAAAAUGUUAGAAUUCUUGGGAUGCCUGGGUGUCUCAGUCAGUUAAGCGUCUGCCUUCAGCUCAGGUCAUGAUCCCAGGGUCCAGGGCUAGAGUCCCCACAUCGGGUUCUUUGCUCAGCGGGGAGUCUCCUUUUCCCUCUGCCCCUCGCCCUGGUCGUGCAUGUGCUCCCUUCCUCUACCCGCCCCCCCCGACAAAUAAAUAAAUAAGACCUUUAUUUCAAAAAAUGUUUGAAUUCCUGCUAAGGGUAACUUAAAGGAGACUGAACAAAGUACUUGGUAAAGCUGCCAGGGGAAGAGUCCCCACAGAUUUGUGUACAUAGAUCUGAAUACUAUACUUUAAAAAACAUGUUUAUAGUUCUUUUUUAAGAUGGAAGAAUCUUUACUCUGUGAUGUCUCUAGGAGAAUUUUCAUCUGUUAAAGAAAAAUACAGUACCAACACAUAUUUGUCUCUUUAGCAGCCAAGAAAGCAUUUCUUUGUUGCAACUUUCUGCAUCCACCAAAUAAUUGAGUACUUUUCCAAAAAGACCAAAUUUCAAGUUGCAACACUGAAAUUUCAGAACCCCUCCCCUAUCUCACCUUCCAUCUGUAACCAGUGACCUCUGGUAUCCAGGUGUGGUGGGCCAAAUAAUGCCUUACCUCCCACCCCAAAGAUAGCCACGGCCCAAUCCCAGAACCCAGUGAAUGUUACCUUAGAUGUCAAAAGAAUCUUUGCAGAUGUGAUUAAAUUAAGGGUAUUGUAUGGGGGGAUUAUCCUGGAUUACCUGGGUGGGCCCAAUGUAAUUGUGUGGGUCCUUAUAAGAGAAGCAGGAGAUCAGAAGAGUAGCAGGGAUGUGGCAAUGGAAGCAAGAGAUUGGAGUGAUACAAGGAAGGCAUUGUCAUCCAAAGAAUGUAAGCAGCCUCUAGAAGCUGAAAAAAGCAAGAACAUCCUCCCCUGAAGC